AUGAUUAAAAAGUAUAAAUGUCCUAUUAACAUUAUGGUCACUCAAAUAAAAAAUCAAUAUACUAGAAAGAGAUUGUAUUCCGAAAACAGGUAAUAACAAAUCCAAUUGACACUAUCUGAUAUAAUUAAAAGUUAUUAUUAUUUGAUAUGAUUGAUGUUACCAUUUUCAUGUUUUACAUUUACCAUGAUUCUAUCAAAAAUAGAAUAUAAAACUUUUGAAAGUAGUGUUUAUCAAAUUGUAUAAUUCAUACUAUUGAAGUUAAAAUGACAAUCUACUGUUAAUUAUAAAAAAUCCAUACUAUCUCUCAUAGGAAAAAAACAUUAUUCAUGUAUUAGAAUCCAUAUCAAAUGGGUUUUAAUAGCAUAAUUAUAUUUCCAUACAAAUAUCAUUGUUGUUAAUUCUAAACCCCUAUGAUGUAAUUUUAAUCAAUUGUACUAAUUUUUUAUUUGAUUUCUAGUUCUGACUACAAAAGAAAAUUAUUAAGUAGGGCAAUUAAAUUCCUUCAGAAUAAACAAAUUACAAAGGAACCUGAGCCAAAACUACAAAUUGUGAAUAGUCAUAAAAUUCCAGUUCAAAGAUCAGGUAAUUUAUCUUGUUAUUAUUCAGAAAAUUAUAAUUAUUGUUGUUACCUUACAUUGUAUGAACCAAAUAACUCCCAUAUCACAUAAAAUCCCUACUUCCCACCAGUAACAAUGGUUUGCCUAUUGUGCAAAUUAUGUCCUGCAUUUUACUUAUAUUGAAAAAAAUAUUUAUUUAUAUAUUUUGAAACAAAAAGUGAACCAAAAAUUCAUAUUGAUCUAAUGACAAUAAAACAGAAAACCUAAUUUAUCAUGUUUCCUAAUAUUUAUCAUUGUAUUUCCAAAUUGUAUGAAAUAUGUUUUUUUAAUUAGGUGAUGAAAUUACAAAAAACAUUCAUGGAAAUACUUCUUAUUCUCAAGAAGUAUCAAUGGGAAAUCAUAGAGAAGAAGUAGCUAGUAAACUGUAAGACAUUAUUAAUUGCUUAUGUGUGCCUACAAUCAGAUAAAUAUAAUUGCAUUAGAAUUUUAAUAUCUAAACUAACUACGGAAUGCUUUAAUAUUAAAGGGUAAAAAAAAAAUAAUUCAAUUUAUACAACUUCAAGUUUUAAUAGUUCAUUCAAAAAAUAAUUUCUUUUAAUAUUAUUAGUAAUAAUAAUAACUAUAAUAAUUGUAAUUGUGUUUAAUUUUAAUAAGGUACAUUAAAUAUUUUAAUCAAAGGACUUGGAUACAAUUAACUUACUGAAAUAUUAAAAUGUUACUGAAAUCAAUAUUCUAGAAUACAUUUUAAAUGUAACUUGUCCUAAACAUUUUAAUCUGUGUGUGUAUUAUGGAACUAUAAGCCAAAAUGUGUGUGGGAAUAGAUCUAUGCAGUUGUUUUAAACCUGCAAAGGAGGCUGGUGCAAUAUUGAAAAUCAAUGUGUGUGUUUAGCGAGCAUUAGUUUUUAAAAAAAUUGUAUUACAGCAAAAAAGUUGGAACACAGUUUUUGAAUAGCUUCUUCUAGCAAACUUGGAUGUUAUUUUUUUUCUCACUUUAAAACAUUAUUAUUAUCCUGUACAAAUUGUGCAUUUUAUUUUUGAUAAAAAAUAUUUGAUUUUUGGUAAAUAUUGAAUUUAUAAUUAAUUUUUAUAUGUUAUAUCAUAUAAGUGCCCUAAAAGUGUUAACAAAAUUGUAUUUAUCCAUAAAUGUUUAUUUCAGAAAAAUAUCUUAUCACUUUAUAAAAUUUGAAUUGGAAUACAAGUUCGAUUUUCUUAUCAUACUUUCAAUACUUAAAGGUUACAAUAACGAAAACUAUAUAAUUUAGAAAUCAAUAAUAUUAUGCAUAUUACAGAAUUUACUAUUACAGUGUAACCACACUGAGAUCAUCUUGGUAAAAUAUUUGAUAUUAAUUGAAAAAAUAUUUACUCUAUAUCUACAAUUCUCAAACUGUGGUAAGAGGUACCACUAGUGAUAUUAGGAUAGCUUAUAGACAUUUUUUGAUGAGUUUAAAAAAAAAAAGUUAUAAUUUAUAAUGCAGUUUAUUAAUCCAUUAAAUAUUAAUAAAAAUAAUAACCUUACAUAUUUAAUUUUACUUUUGUGUAUUAAAUGAUUAUAUUAUUAUGUAGUUUUAAUAAUAAAAAACUUCAUACAUGUAAAAUAACCUAUUUUUCAAAAAGUAAAAAAAAAAAAAAGAGUUAAAUAAUCAUAUAAGGUGGUAUGCGAAAAAUGUCCAAAUGUGUUAAUGGUACAUGGUUAUGAAAAGGUUGAGAACUGCUGCUCUAUACAUAUUAAAUGUAAUAGUUAUAAUUUAAUGUAUAUAAUUUUAAAUUUAUUGCAAAACCAAAGUCUAACAGAAAAAAAAUUAGAACAAAAUAUUGGUGGGGGGAUGUUUGACACUAUUUUAUAUAGUACCCUUGAACCCCAAUACUUUUGUACAGAUUCUUUUAGAACUAUAUAUUUUAUAACUAUUAGAUUUAAUAUCCUUCCAAUUAAAAACUGUUUAUGAUCUUUAUAAAGUCAAUGACUUAACUGAGUUUUACUUUUAUUUUGUUUUACAAAGUAAUAGCCUAUUGUUCUAAGGUUACCAUAACUGCAAUUCUUAUUGUAGCUAAACUAUUAGGUGCUUACAACUUUUGCUUACUACAUGAUUUAAAUUGUAUUAAUUGAUUCUUUUGAUUUGUAGUUCCAAAUUAUUGAAGUCAGGUUUUAGUUCAAUCUCAAAUAAAGACAAAAAGAAGAGUAUAAAAUUGUUAAAUUUAUGUGAGCCAACAGAUCAAAUUUUUAAUAAUUUGAAUAUUGUAUCUCCUGAAUUAGGUAAUUUACUCUUAGUUAAAAAUUGCAAUGUUUUAUAAUUGAAAAAUUAAUGUUUUAGUUUAUUUUAUUUUAAAUGGUGAAUCAACUUCCCUUGAAAAGGAAACUUCAACAGCAAAUUUAUGUGACCUAAAAAAUCAAACUCUUAAUAAUUUGAAUGUUUCAUCACCUGAAUCAGGUAAUUUAUUUUUAUUUGUUCUAUAAAUGUACUGAGAAUUUCUAAAACACUAAUAACAAUGGUUUAAGCUUUCUCUUGGUAGCCCUGACAAGUUUAUUCUACAACUAUUGAAUAAUAUUUAACAUUCACUAUAUAUGCACACCAGUGUUAAAUGAUAUAUCAAAUUACUCAAACCCCAAAUUUUUAAUUUGUAACACUUCUAUUUAUUUACUAUAUUUAAUUUGUUAUCAAUCUAGUAAUCCAAUAUUUGACAAAACUGUCAAAUAUUUUAGAGAUGAUGUACUAGCUUUACUAACAAAAUUUUGGUAUUACAAAGAAUAUAUAUAUCUCAUUUAUAAUGAUAUAUUAAAGUGUAAUAAUGUGGCUACUAUGUGUUUGAAGAGUUAAGAAAUCUGUAUUUCAAUUCUCAAUUGUAAAUAUUUUUUUUUACUUAUAACUUAUUUCAAAUAAGUAGGUAUUUUAGAUUUAUAGUUAAGCUGAACAAAUUUUUUACUAAGGUUGGUUUUUCAACUGUCAUUAUUAUUACUAUCAGCUAUCUUACAAUUAGUUAAGUUAAUUUAAUUUUGUAAUAUAAGUUACUAUUUAGGCUGUCCUCUUAAAUAAUAAUACACAAUUAUGGUUUGUUUUGAGUGACAGGUGCUCUCAACCACUUGAAAAUUAAUUGUCAUUACANUGUUUUGUGAAAUCUAUGUUCUGUACAUGAUGUUUGGCAUAAAGCAAACAUAAAAAAAUUAUUUAAUCAAAUUGAUGAAGACUUAUAUUGUCUGUUAUAAUAAAUUUAAUUAAUUUGUACUUGUUUAGGUGUUGCUAAUAAGGAGUAUGAGAUUGAAAGUAUAUUAUAUGAUGACAUAUUUGACAAUCAAACUAAGUACUUUAUCAAGUGGAAAAACUAUCCUAUGGAUCAAUGCACUUGGGAACCCUCUUGCAACUUAACAAAAUGUCAAGAACUUUUAAAUAAUUACAUAUCAAACAAGACAGCUAAAAAGAACAUAAGAACAACCGAUAAAUUUAAAAGACUAUAUGAAUCACUUUUAUCACACACCAAUCAAGAAUACAUUAAAACGCUACAUAAAAUAAUUGCAGACGGUUUUCCAUCUUUAGACAAAGAGUCUGUAUUAAGUACUAUUGAAUAUUUAUCUACAGUUUCUCCCAGUAGUCAAAGUAAAUGCUUAAUGAAGCUUGUAAGACAUAAUUUAAUGUUAGUUGAAGUUAGCGAGAGAAGACAAAAACAGUUAGAAAAGUUGGAUGAUUGGCAAAAGACAAUGAAUAUAACUUGCAAUUUUAAUAUAUCUGUUCUUAACACUGUAGACUUUGAAGGACCUCCUAACAAUUUUGUUUAUAUUAAUGAAUGUUUUGCUGGUGAAGGUGUGAUUAUUCCAAAUGAUCCACCCGUUUGGUAAGUAAAAUAGUUAACAAAAUGUGCUUAUUUUAAUAAUAAUUAAUUCUAAUUUAUUUAUUUUUUAAUUUAGGUGCUAUUGUGAUAAUACAUGUGGAGGAAAAGCAUCUAAGAAUAAAAAUUGUCAUUUCAGUGACUUUCCAUUACCUUACAAUAAGAAAAAAUGUAUCAUAGUUCCUCAAGGGUCUACUAUUUAUGAAUGCAACAAAAAAUGUGCUUGUGAUAGUAAUUGUAUAAAUCGAGUUGUUCAGCAUGGUCCAAGUAAAAAUCUAAAUCUCCAGAUAUUCCGAACAGAUAACCAACGAGGCUGGGGAGUCAAGACCUUGAUGCCCAUAAAACAGGGGUCCUUUGUAUCAAAGUAUACAGGUGAAAUAAUAACUAAAGAGGAAGCUGAUCAACGUGCUNAUGACUGUGCUUAUUCUAUUGAUGCGACUACUUUUGGUAAUGUAUCACAUUUUUUCAACCAUUCUUGUAAUGCGAAUCUAGCCUCAUAUGCUGUUUGUAUUGAUUGCUACGAUUCAAAUCUCCCAACACUGGCAUUUUUCGCUUCUAGAGAUAUUGCUAAAGGUGAAGAACUGACAUUAAACUAUAUGACUUCGGUCACAAAUCAAAAGAGUAAAGUAAAAUGUUACUGUCAAGCUGACAAUUGUCGUGGCUUUUUAUGUUAG